AUGCAAAACGGUGGAAACGGAGUUGUCGCGAUCAGGAGCCGCAGCGCCAGCCGCUGGCGGCCAGAAGAGUUCAGCUCUCCCGAGCCCACGGAGCCCACUCGGAGGGCUCGCAGGGCCCGCACCCCUGCUCGAGGACAGACGAAGCUACGGAAGCAUUACUUCGGGGAUAUCUACCGACAAGGAAACUAUGUUCCUCUUCACCGUGAGCUCUUCGAGAAUCCUCGAGAGAACUUGAAGAGGUGGCUGGCGCCAGCUUUCGUCGCUGCCGUCUCGGCGGGAGGCGGUCUAAAGGAGGCGCUGCGAGAAGAUGCUCCCGGCAUCUAUUCCUUUGAGCUUUUCAACUCAGAGUUCUGUGAAAAGCUGCUGGAGGAGGUGACCCACGCUCAGCAGACCGCCCGCGAGGCAUUGGAUCGGCCUAACGGCAUGAACAGGUAUGGUGUGGUUCUCAAUCAACUCGGUUUGGAGCCACUCAUCACCGAGCUUCAGCAGGAGUAUCUCAUGCCGCUGAUGAUGGCUUUGUAUCCACAAGAAGCUGAUGGGUGUCGCGAUCAUCAUUGUUUCAUCGUGAGGUACAAGGCUGGUGAAGACGUGGGCCUGGACAUGCAUGAGGAUGAUGCCGAUGUCACCCUCAACGUAUGCCUUGGAAGAGAGUUUUCUGGCGCGACUUUAACUUUCUGUGGAUUGGUCGCUGAUGCGAAUCACCGAAAGAUGCAGUACACCUACUCGCACGAGAAGGGCCGCGCGGUCCUUCACCUAGGGCGACAGCGUCACGGUGCAGAUGACAUCGCGUCGGGAGAGCGGGUGAACUUCAUCCUCUGGUCCGUCAGUGAGAAGUACCGUUCGUCGGAGGCCUAUCAGAACCACCGGCUGCGAAGCUCAUCCGCGGAUCCUCCGGACAGAAUUUGCUUGUCCUACACGCACGAUCGCGACUACACCAAAUUCCUUCCUAAGCCAACGAAGGCGCAGGCCAUCUCGCGAGGGGUUAUGCUGGACGUGGUGGAGCGAAGACUAGAGGUUUACAAUCGGCCAGUGCUGGACCUCUCUCGCCCGAUCGACGAGAUCAACUCCGUGCCUAGCGUUUGCUUGUUCCUGGAGGGUCUGCCUCCGUACAGGCAGCAUCAGCUUUUCCAAUCACUCAUGGAAAUCGCAGAGGAGGUGCAUGACUCCGUUGGCAAGCAGGACGGAGAAGUGCCCUCCAUUCUGUUCUUUGUGGCGGUGCAGCCGUCGGGUGCCGUGCCACAGGUUCGAGAGCUUUGUGCUGUGACUGCCAGCCCAGCGCUUGCCAUCCUGGAUGUGGACAAAGAAAAGCGCUAUCGCUGGGAGUCUGACAAGGACUUAGAGGCUCCUGUUCUACGAGACUUUGUUCGCGAAUUCCGCGAUGGUAAGCUGAAGGCCGAAGUCAUCGGGAGUCCGGAAGCCGAGCCGCCUGCUGAGCCCAUGGAGGCCGCGCCAGUGGAGGCCCCGUCGGGGCCUUCCGCCAGCACCUCCUCUACGGGAUCUCGGUCACCUACCGAGGCGCCCAGAACGAGCUGCAAUCUGCUGUGA